UGAGUAGUAGUAGUAUGGUAUCUUCCUUCCUUCCUUCUUAUGGUUGGGUUUCUGGUCCCCAACCUGUUCAUUCUGCUUUAGAUUUAUAUCAAUAUCAAACCUUCACCAUUCAUCAUGUACAGCCACCCACUGUGUAGAAAAUUGUUCCAUUUUAAUAUUGCUCCAUACAUUGCUGUUACAAUAAAUGAAUACCAAUUUUUUUUUAAAAAGGUACAGAAAUCGAGAGAAAUGAACAAUUUUUCUAGCCAAACUAGUCAUGGGAACCCGAGAGAUACUCACCAACUCUGUAUUCUGAAGAGCUCAGACUUCCCUGUUAUGUCUCCUUAGAAUAAAAGGUUUAAGAAUUAAGAAUACCUUCUCAUUCAAACACCAUCCCCAUUCACACUUCUCUGUUUUCUCCUUCAUUGUCCAAUCUCCAUGUGGAUCUGCUUACAUAAGAUCUAAUCAGGAAAACUACCCAGUUGUUAUAAAAUCUGCAUUUUUUCGAUUAGUGUAUCCAUUUCUCAUGGAUCUUGUGAACCAUGAAUCACAACCCAUUUCACCAAUCACGAGUCCAAGAAACACAGUCUUUGGUACUCGUGUGCAUUCUUCUUCGGAUGCGAAUUUCCCAAUCAUAGCGAUUGCCAUUAUAGGAAUUCUUGCCACAGGUUUCUUGCUAGUGAGUUACUACAUCUUUGUCAUCAAAUGCUGUCUCAAUUGGCACCGCAUCGAUCUUCUAAGGCGAUUCUCUCUGUCGCGAAAUCGAAGAAAUGAACAGGCUUUAAUGGUCUAUUCUCCGGUAAUAGAGACUCGUGGGCUCGACGAAUCUGUUAUUAGAACAAUCCCAGUAUUUCAAUACAAGAACAAGGGAGAGAACAGAGACUUCUGUGAAUGUGCUGUCUGUCUGAACGAGUUUCAAGAAGAUGAGAAGCUAAGGAUUAUACCAAAUUGCAGUCAUGUUUUUCACAUUGAUUGUAUUGAUGUUUGGCUUCAAAACAAUGCGAAUUGCCCUCUCUGUAGAACAAGCAUUUCGAGCACGGCGAGAUUUCAGUUGGAUCAAAUCACAGCUCCAAGCUCUUCCCCUGAAGAUUCUAGUCCUUACAGUGGUAGUCUGGUUGGAGGAGAUGAAGAGUAUGUUGUGAUUGAAUUGGGUAAUCGCGUACAAGAAAGGAUGAACUCAGGGGAUUUGUCAGCGCGUUCGAUCAGUUCUUCAUCCAGGAAGACAGAACAGAGAGUUCUGCCUAAAAAGCCAACAAAGCUUCAUAAGAAGGUUACAAGCAUGGGAGAUGAAUGUAUUGACAUUAGAAACAAAGAUGACAAUUUUGCAAUACAACCCAUUAGAAGAUCAUUUUCCAUGGAUUCAUCGGCAGAUCGACAGCUCUGUUUGUUAAUUCAAGAGAUUGCGAGACAGAGCAGGCAAGUUAGUGAGGUAACAAGUCCUGUUGCAGGUUGUAGCAGUAGAGCUAGAACUACUUGUUUUUCAUUUAGUCAUGGUAGAGGAUCCAGAAAUGCAGUUCUGCCUGUCCAUUUGGAGCCAUAAAUUACCUUCUUAGCUUCUCUUUUUUUUUCUUUUUUUUUCUUUUCCUUUCUUUUGAGAUACAGAGAUUUCAAAUGUGUUUAGGAGGAUAUAAUGGCAUCUGUGACAUAAAGAGAGACAUUCAUUUGAGAUUAUUUUUAACGUUGUAAUGGCAUAAUGUUAAACUUGUGGUCCAUUGUAUUAUAUGACUUAAGAACCAUGAUUGUGAACAAUAGGAUUACAGAAGUCAGUUUUUAUUGCUUC